UAUUCCUUACAAAAGGAAAACAUCUCGCGAGUAGGGUUGUGUGUUUUGAAAGGCUCGCGGAUGCUGUUUUACGGUACAUUAGUUCAAACUGAAACGCGGAAGAGCGCAGGACAAGAAGGACAACUGUAGUUAUCGAUACAGCACGACAUUUACCUGAAUAUCCGAUACUGAUGCAAGAACAGACUCGUGCUUUGUGGAAUUAUUUUCCUCUUUCAAUGAUAUCCACAAAUCAAAAGCGAAGAUCCAACAAGGAUGUAACACAUCGGAAUACUUGGGAUUUUCCUCGGAGCCGUGCUCAAGUUUGGGCUAACCUUUAAGGCUGUUUUUAGUGGAGUUCAUAGGGGGUAACGUUAAUGUUUCAUAAUGGGAUGAUGUUCAUUGCUGAAUGUCAUACUGCUAGUGUUUGCAUCAUAAUCCCUCAACUGACAUUCAGAUGUUGUCUUCUAGAACUGCAUGAAGAGCAUUUCCAUGAGGUUCCCUCUGAAAAGAGGGAGUGAAGGUUGCGUCCAUCUCAUAAAAUCCCAAACGUCUAGUAGCCCUUUACUCAUGUACUCACAGACUGAGGUGUGAAAAUGGAUAAACUCACCAUUAUUUCAGGAUGUCUCUUUCUCGUGGCAGAUAUCUUCGCAAUUGCAAGUGUUGCAAAUCCAGACUGGAUCAAUACAGGUGGUCAAGAGGGUGCUCUGACUCUGGGUCUAGUCAAGCAAUGCCAGACCAUCCAUGGUCGAACCAGGGUAUGCAUCUCCCCAAGCCUUCCUCCAGUAUGGAUCACUACCCUGUUCUUCAUCAUAUUAGGCAUCAUCUCACUCUCUAUCACAUGUGGCCUGCUUGUGAUCUCACACUGGAGACGAGAGGCUACAAAAUAUGCCCGCUGGAUCGCCUUCAUGGGAAUGGUCCUCUUCUGCAUGGCCGCUCUCAUAUUUCCAGUUGGAUUUUACAUCAAUCAAGUUGGAGGACAACCUUACAAAUUACCCAAUAAUACUGUGGUUGGGUCCUCAUAUGUACUGUUUGUUUUAUCAAUAUUUUUUACAAUAGUUGGACUUCUUUUUGCGGGUAAAGUCUGCCUGCCUGGCUGACAAAUGAUCUGGUUUUACAAAAAAAUGUUUGUUACACAUUUGACCUUAACAAUGCGAGUGUGGUUUAAAUGAUGACCAAGAAAAAAAAAAAAAAUCCAAACACUUCAAAGGGAUGACUCACUGACUCACUGACUCAUAACGGCCUUUUGCAGUGGAAAUGUUAUAAUGAUAUUGUGGUCAACAAAAGAUUUACAUAGCAAUAAUCUACAGUCAUAAAGUCAUUAUCACUAAAUAAAUCAUCCUUGCAUUGCCCUGAGGGGGUUUAUUUAAUAGUAAUGACUGGCGGACUGUACAAUAUCCCAAUUAUGACAUGGCUACUCACCAAAAAUAUACAGACAUAAAACAAUGAUUUGUGUUUCAAUUGUUUUUAUAACAUUUUACCUGUACAAUAUAUUAACUUGAAGUCGUGGCUUAAAGAGUUUGACUCCUAACCCUAAGGUUGUUGGUUUGAGUCCUGGGCCGGCAAUACCUGACUGAGGUGCCCUGGGAGCAACUGGGGGUUCAGUGCCUUGCUAAAGGGCACUUCAGUCAUGGGUAUUGAGAGUGGAAGAGAGCACAGUUCAUUCACUCCCUCCCACCUACAACUCCUGCCAGCAUCGUGACUCAAACCGGCAACCGGCUGGUAACUAGUUCAGCUCUCCAUUAGGUCACAGCUGCACCUAACAUAAAACGUUGUGCUUUGUGUUCAUAUACUCUGCGAUCUUCUGUAGAGUUUGAUCUUUUGAUAUUAAUGCAUAAGCUACGUUAAAGGUCCCAUAUUGUCAAAACUAAAAUUUCCUGGCUUUUUUUUUUCAUGAUAACUGAGGUCCAGGGGCUAUGUAACUACCAUAUGAGUUUCAAAACAGUUAAUCCACAGUAAAAUGCAAACAGCCUGCAUAAAGUAGCUGUGCCUUUUCACGAGCUGUUGUGACUUCCGUAAAAUUUGACGUCAGGACUACUUAGUCACCAACUUGAGCACUGCCCACCGUCCCACCAGACAACAUUGCAUCCAUGCCAUUGCUGUGCAACUACAACAUGGAGACAUACAGAGAAAAUGCUGUUCAGUCGAUGGAUUUCAGGAAAAUACAUCAGGACUUCCAAACAACAUUAAUAUAAGAGACCAGUGGCUGAAAAGUAAAAUGUGAGAGAAAAUUGAUUUCCCUGGUUGUUGUUUUAGAAUAGUUUUUUCUUGUGCUUUCCCACUCAACUGCAAUCCUUUUGAGCUUGUGUCUUGCGUAUUUUGCAAUGUCUCACAGCAUUCAAAAAAAUUGGGCACUCAGGUCAAAACAAGUUUAAAAGUUUAAACGAAGAGACCUGGUAUUUUUUUUAAUCAAAUCCCACUGUCACGUCUUGCAUUUUCACAGCAAAAACAUUUGUGAUUGCCCUUCUGUGAUGGGGCCCCCACACACUACGGGGGUGUCCCGUACCCCACUGGAUGGUCCUGGUAUCUUUUCUACCGAAAAGAGUGCAUUCUCCACCAUUAACUGUAGAGGAAUGACAGUUAAACCCUAUGCAUAGAGAGACCAAUAUGGCCAAUGAAGACAAGAAGUCAAAUUUGCAGGUUGUUCAGUUGACAGAAAGUUUACAGAGUUCUCCACAGUUCCAAAGGCCAGAGAAAAUGAGUAAGAGGAUACGGCCUUGAACUAACUUAGAAUAGAUACUUUAUCAUAUGGAUUGUUAGAUCAUUCCUGAAUGAAUGAAUAAAUGAAAAUAAAAGAAUGUAA